AAAACCCAACAACUGACGUUACGUCGCGAGCCUCGGUGGUAAUGGCAAGUGACAGAGGGUGAGGAAGACGAGGACGAAGUUUCACACCUACCAGUUGCUGUCAGGGUUUAUUUAGUGUUUUUAAUGCUCGGUAACAACAUCAGCGUCUUGUUCUUCUACCCUGGCGGAGAGUCACCGGUGUGAGAAACUAACCGUCCUUCUCGCGUGAGGCUGAAGUCGUGAGCGGGUGGUGCUCUGUGUCGAAGUAGCUGAAAACAACAGAAGUUUGUCCCGACUCCGAGUGGAAACAAGUCGCUAUGACUAACCGAGAAGACGAGUAUGACUAUCUUUUUAAAGUGGUGCUGAUCGGAGAUUCAGGCGUAGGCAAGAGUAACCUGCUGUCCCGCUUCACCCGGAAUGAGUUCAACCUGGAGAGCAAGAGCACCAUCGGGGUGGAGUUUGCCACGCGCAGCAUCCAGGUAGAAGGCAAGACCGUCAAGGCUCAGAUCUGGGACACAGCUGGACAGGAGCGAUACCGGGCUAUCACUUCAGCGUACUACCGCGGAGCGGUCGGAGCUCUCUUGGUUUACGACAUUGCCAAGCACCUGACGUAUGAAAACGCCGAGCGCUGGCUGAAGGAGCUGCAGGACCACGCCGACAGCAACAUAGUCAUCAUGCUAGUGGGCAACAAAAGUGAUCUGCGCCACCUUAGAGCAGUGCCCACAGACGAGGCCAAGGCCAUGGCAGAGAAGCACGGGUUGUCUUUCCUGGAGACGUCUGCCUUAGACUCAUCUAAUGUGGAGCUGGCCUUCCAGACUAUUCUUACAGCCAUCUACAACAUCGUGUCACAGAGGCAGAUGUCAGGGCGAAGCGACUCAGACUUCUCACCAGCCUCCAACGUAGUGCCCAUCACAGUUGAGCCCACCCAAAACUCAGCCAGUAAGGGCAUCUGCUGCCAGAACAACUGAGACCUUACCACUGUCCUCCUCCUUCACCUCCACGUUAUUGAAGAAACAGCCAGAUACACAAACAGAGACAGACAGAUGGACAGGGGGGGGAAUUGGAGAAACAGGUAGAAAUAACCAUUCCACACAAGGACACUUGUACUGGGGGGGGCGGGGAUUGAUUUGUCUAUUGUCUGGUUAAGAAAACAAAUUCCAGUAUGGAGAGGAGGGGAAGCAGUGAAGGAGGGAUUGUAAAGAGGUUCAGAUGAAACAGACGGGGUUGCGUGGAGAGGGAGGAUUUUUGUCAAUGGAAAGGAAAAAAAGGUGAGACGCACCACACCCCGGUGCAUUAAGCUUUUAAAGAGGUACGCGAUCGGCAGAACCGAUUCACAAUCUGACGACACGUUUAACACGCAAGGUCCCUCGUGCGUCUCACGCACGGUUUCUGUCUUUGCAAACCGUCUCCCCUUUUUUUUUUUUGAAACCUCUGUAUUUUACAAGCCAGUAAAUGCUUUCCCUCAGUUUCCCACUAGCAGGAUAUUGGGCAAUAAAACCAUCCAAAAGACUGAACUGCAACCCCUCUGUUACCGCUGUCAUUCCCGUUCAUCCCUGAAUGUAUAAUAUUUAGAAAACGUCUGCCCUUAUGCUAUUUAUUGAACACUAUAUUAAGGUCUUGUUUGGCCAAAGGGUUUGCAAUUUAACACUAGUUUGGUUUAGAUUUUCCACACCGAAAGGGAGCUCUCUUUCUUUUUGCCGCUUUUGCUUCCUCCCUCCCAUUAUUGUAUCUCUAUGUGACCAAGCAUUUAAGGGCAGCUGCCCCCCUCGCUAAUGGAGGAGCAAGGGCUUCAAGCCAUUUUUCCUAAAUCCACAUGCUGGAAUUUGGUGGAAGUCGGGUUCGAUUCAAGUUGUGUUCCACCAGGCCACUCCGAGCAAUAACAUCCCUCCCUAACAGCGACAUGUAAUUUCUUUUUUGAUUGCUUUUGAUCUUUGUUUGGAAGGCUUUUCCUACCCUGUGCACACUCGGUACUCUACAGAUGAGUCAUGCUCUUGCGAGCUUUGCACAGAGUUAACUCUAAAUGAGACGGGAUAAGUGCAUCACUGGUGACCGGGGUUAACAUGGCGGUGAGAUAUAAAGUAUUGGCUCUGCUGAUGACUGUUUCACCCCUGCCUUGAACCUUUGGUGUGGAGUGGGAGAGGUUGGGGAAUUGGUUUAAAUGCAUGGACAACCCUGUGCUGCUGCUGCUGCUGCUGCCUGCUAGCUGGGAUAGAUAGAUGGAUAAUGUUUCAGGGGAUGAGGUAGUGAGGGCACUCAGCCCUGCCCUGCUCCUGUGGUCUCUGAUGUACCCGAGAUGGCUUGUUUUACUGUAAGUGAAAUCCUCCACUGCCUGCUCACCUACUCCUUUCUCUGUCUCUCUCUCUACACUGUAUGUAACUGGAACAGGACUCUGCCUUCUGGGAUCUCCCUGAGGUCUGCCCUCGCUCUCACUUGUCUUUAUUUCCUGUGGAGGGGGGCGGGGGUUGCAUUCAGGAGCCAGGAUUGGGUUUGUUAGUAUCUAAUAGUUUUAAUAAAUGAGGAAAAGGAGAAACGAUGGUAGUGUUGGGAGGGGCUUAAUUAAAUCCAAAGGUUAUGCACACAGAUGGUGUUUAUCCUGCCGAUGUGUUUCCACAUCAACACUGGCUGUUGACUUCACAGGUCUUAAACUGGGUGGUGUAGGUUAGGGCUUUUUAACAUUUAUUCUAAUAUAUGUAUAUUUGGACUGCAUAUGUAUAAAUAAAUCUCAUUUGUUAUA